GGGAUGAUCUGCCAUUCGGUCUACCAAGGGAGCUUUGAUACGAACAGGUUCGUGGAUUUUGUGGCCGAUAAGCUGCUGAAUGUACUGAAACCCUUCCCAGCAAAGCAUAGUGUGGUUGUCAUGGAUAACUGUGAACUGUGGCACUCAUCAGGAUCCUGGGGUGCGGGAGCUGAUCAUCGAUCAUGGAUGUCGAAUCGAGUACCUACCACCGUAUUUGCCAGAUCUCAACCCCAUAGAAAUUGCAUUUCCGAUGCGCAAGGCUUGGAUCAACCGCAACCGUGA